CUUCAUCACCUCGUCAGCACCAUUGAAGUCCCUCUGGAUUUGCCUCAGCCCCCCACAAUCACCAAGCAGUCCGUGAAGGACUACAUCGUAGACCCAAGGGACAACAUCUUCAUCGAAUGCGAAGCCAAAGGGAACCCCAUUCCCACUUUUUCCUGGACACGGAAUGGGAAGUUCUUCAACGUGGCGAAGGACCCCAAAGUGUCCAUGCGGUGGCGGUCAGGGACGCUGGUCAUCGACUUCCACAGCGGGGGACGGCCAGAGGACUACGAGGGCGAGUACCAGUGCUUUGCCCGGAAUGACUUCGGCACCGCUCUCUCCAGCAAAAUCCACCUCCAGGUUUCCAAGUCUCCCCUGUGGCCCAAGGAGAAGGUGGAUGUGAUAGAGGUGGAUGAAGGUGCUCCGCUCAGCCUGCAGUGCAACCCGCCGCCUGGCCUGCCCUCGCCCGUCAUCUUCUGGAUGAGCAGCUCCAUGGAGCCCAUCCACCAGGACAAGCGCGUCUCCCAGGGCCAGAACGGUGACCUGUACUUCUCCAACGUCAUGCUGCAGGAUGCCCAGACCGACUACAGCUGCAAUGCGCGCUUCCACUUCACCCACACCAUCCAGCAGAAAAACCCCUACACCCUCAAGGUGAAAACCACCCGAGGGAUUACGGAAACAACUCCCAGCUUCAUGUAUCCCUACGGGACCUCAAGCAGUCAGAUGGUGCUCAGAGGGGUGGACCUCUUGCUGGAGUGCAUUGCCUCAGGAGUACCAGCACCAGACAUCAUGUGGUACAAGAAAGGAGGAGAGCUCCCAGCAGGCAAAACCAAGCUAGAAAACUUUAACAAGGCUCUUCGUAUCUCCAACGUCUCCGAGGAAGACUCCGGGGAGUAUUUCUGCUUGGCGUCGAACAAGAUGGGCAGCAUCCGCCACACGAUCUCGGUGAGAGUGAAGGCUGCUCCAUACUGGUUGGACGAACCCCAAAACCUCAUUCUGGCCCCUGGCGAGGACGGCAGGCUGGUGUGUCGAGCCAACGGGAACCCCAAGCCUGCGAUACGGUUGGGGACGGGGGAGCCUAUAGAAGCUUCUCCCCCCAACCCGAGCCGGGAGGUGGCUGGAGACACCAUUGUCUUUCGAGACACCCAGAUCGGCAGCAGUGCUGUGUACCAAUGCAACGCGUCCAACGAGCACGGCUACCUUCUUGCCAAUGCGUUUGUCAGCGUCCUGGAUGUGCCUCCACGGAUACUGGCCCCCCGCAAUCAGCUCAUUAAGGUGAUUCAAAACAACAGGACCCGACUCGACUGCCCCUUCUUUGGCUCCCCGAUCCCCACCCUGAGAUGGUUUAAGAACGGCCAGGGGAACACACUGGAUGGAGGAAACUACAAGGCACAUGAGAACGGGAGCUUGGAGAUGAACAUGGCUCGGAAGGAGGACCAGGGCAUCUACACUUGUGUCGCUACCAACAUCCUGGGUAAAGCAGAGGCCCAGGUUCGCCUGGAGGUGAAAGACCCAACCAGGAUUGUGAGAGGCCCAGAAGAUCAGGUGGUGAAGAGGGGCUCCAUGCCUCGCCUCCACUGCCGGAUAAAGCACGACCCGACGCUGAAACUCACGGUCACUUGGCUGAAGGACGAUGCGCCCCUGUACAUUGGAAACAGGAUGAAGAAAGAAGAUGAUGGUCUGACAAUAUAUGGCGUGGCUGAAAAGGACCAAGGGGAUUACACCUGCAUAGCUAGCACGGAGCUGGACAAGGACUCGGCUAAAGCGUACCUCACCGUACUGGCUGUCCCUGCUAACCGUUUGAGAGACUUACCGAAAGAACGACCCGACCGGCCCCGUGACUUGGAGCUGACAGACCUGGCUGAGAGGAGUGUGCGGUUGACGUGGAUUCCCGGAGAUGACAAUAACAGUCCCAUCACAGACUACAUUGUCCAGUUUGAGGAGGACCGGUUCCAACCUGGCAUGUGGCAUAACCACUCCAGGUACCCUGGGAGCGUCAACUCGGCCGUCCUGAGCCUCUCUCCAUACGUCAACUACCAGUUUCGGGUGAUUGCGGUGAAUGAUGUGGGCAGCAGCCUGCCCAGCGUGCCCUCUGAACGAUAUCAGACCAACGGGGCACGUCCUGAAAUUAACCCAACAGGAGUUCAAGGUGCAGGGACCCAAAAAAACAACAUGGAGAUAACCUGGACGCCUCUGAAUGCAACUCAAGCUUAUGGGCCCAACCUCAGGUACAUCGUGAGAUGGAGGCGAAGGGACCCCCGAGGGAGCUGGUACAAUGAGACAGUGAAGACACCGAGGCACGUCGUCUGGAACACCCCCAUCUAUGUCCCCUACGAGAUCAAAGUGCAGGCAGAGAACGACUUUGGUAGAGCACCAGAGCCUGACACCGUCAUUGGCUACUCAGGGGAAGAUUAUCCCAAGGCUGCGCCUACAGAUGUUAGGAUAAGAGUUUUAAACAGCACUGCCAUUGCGCUGACCUGGACCCGAGUGCACCUGGACACCAUCCAGGGACAGCUCAAGGAGUACAGAGCCUAUUUCUGGAGAGACAGUAGUUUGCUGAAGAACCUGUGGGUCUCCAAAAAACGGCAGUAUGUGAGUUUUCCUGGAGACCGAAACCGGGGCAUAGUGUCCCGGCUGUUUCCUUACAGCAACUACAAGCUUGAGAUGGUUGUAACCAACGGGAGAGGAGAUGGGCCACGCAGUGAAGUUAAGGAGUUCCCCACACCAGAAGGAGUGCCCAGCUCCCCCAGGUAUUUAAGAAUCCGACAGCCAAAUCUGGAAAGCAUCAAUCUGGAGUGGGAUCACCCAGAGCAUCCUAAUGGAGUCCUCACAGGAUACAGCCUUAGAUAUCAAGCCUUUAACGGAUCCAAAACAGGCCGAACCCUGGUAGAGACCUUCUCUCCCAAUCAGACAAGGUUCACCCUGCAGAGGACAGACCCCAUCUCCCGCUAUCGAUUCUUUCUGCGCGCACGGACCCAGGUGGGCGAAGGAGAAACCAUAGUGGAGGAGUCGCCAGCCUUGCUGAACGAAGCCACGCCAACCCCAGAGGCCACUGGUCCCCCACCCCUCUGCCCCGAGGAGACAUCACCUCAUCUAAAAAGCCAGUGUUUCCCUCUCCCAGCUGCAACUGGGUUGCCUCCAACUACAAUCGGUCUAACCAGUACUACAACCACCCCAACUACCACAACUACCGACACAACUACCACAACUACCGACACAACUACCACCACCACCACAGCCGCCACCACGCUACCCGCCACCACCGUCGCAAGCACUACAACAGCGACAGAGAGGGCUCCGGCAGCCACCACAAAGCAGGAGUUGGCCACCAAUGGAUCGUCCAUAUGGGACAUAAGAGCUAUGGCUAAUAGUAACUGGGCAAACAUCACCUGGAGCCACAAUUACUCUGCAGGAACUGACUUUGUGGUUAAGUAUAUCACCAGUAACAAGACAGAGAAAUCUAUCCCUGUAAAAGCUCAGACCCCUUCCUCUGUGCAGCUGGCGAAUCUGACGCCGGGAAUGAUGUACAAGCUGUGGGUGUUCCCCAUAUGGUCUAGCCCCAGCGAACACUCGUACAUAACCUUUACCACCAGCUCAGCUUAUACCAAGAAUCACGUGGACAUCGCAACGCAGGGUUGGUUCAUCGGGCUGAUGUGCGCCAUAGCUCUCCUGGUCCUUAUUCUGUUGAUCGUCUGCUUCAUUAAGAGGAGCAGAGGCGGGAAAUAUCCAGUACGAGACAAUAAAGACGAGCAUCUAAACCCCGAUGACAAGAACGUAGAAGAUGGGUCGUUCGACUACAGGUCUCUUGAAAGCGAUGAAGACAACAAACCCCUGCCAAACAGCCAGACCUCCUUGGACGGCACGAUAAAGCAGCAGGAGAGCGACGAUAGCUUGGUGGACUAUGGAGAGGGGGGCGAAGGGCAGUUUAACGAGGAUGGCUCCUUUAUCGGCCAGUACACGGUGAAGAAGGACAAAGAGGAGACCGAAGGCAACGAGAGCUCGGAAGCCACCUCCCCAGUCAAUGCUAUCUAUUCGUUGGCGUAG